AUGAACCGUCUGUACAGCACUCCUGACGGCUUCUUCUUCCGCGUUCACAUACUGGCCCUAGACUUCUCCAGUUGCAAUAAGCCAUGUCCAGAAUUUAAACCUGGCAGCAGGUAUAUCGUGAUGGGUCACAUCUACCACAAGAGACGGCAACUCCCCACAGCUCUGCUCCGGGUCCUAAGAGGACGCGUCCGACCAGGAGAUGGACUGGUUAGGAGCAACAGCAGCUACGUGAAAAGAUUUAACAGAAAAAGGGAUGGUCAAGUUCAAGGCGCAAUUCACACUCAGUGCAUUUGA